AUGCCCAGCGCAUAAUUUAGCAACAUUUCAUGGACGCUGUGACCACUGCUGAGCCGCCAUAGCCUCGUAGAAUUAUACUCUAUGCUGACGCCCCCUCCCGACCGCAGUACUUCUCAAUUCAAAAUUGAACCUCCGUAUACUCGGAUGGCCCGCUAGGCUAUGUUGGCCUAUUAUCUGCGUUGCAACGUGCCCGGAGGUAAAUUGCCGAUCUCACGUAUUGUCCAGCCGCCGGGUCCCUCCGCAUACCCCAAAUUGUUCGAUCAAGCUUUUUGUUUUUCAUGGCGUAGCGCGUUCUUACUUUCUUGGCAGCUGCGAAAUCAUGAUCCCGCGAACUUGGGGCUCCGAAUCCGAGUCGUCGACGACUCUGAUGGCAGGGCGAUCUAAGUGGCACCCUCAAUGAUCACAGAUCUCCCGAAUGGCCGAGCCACGAUGCCUAAAAUGUAACUUAUGCAGGAAAGAGCGUUUGCUGGGUUCCGUAUCGCCCCUCCGACUCCCGAGCUUCCAUAGAACACAUCUACUAACCCGUUGCGACUGUCUGUUUCACGACUAGGGCUCCUGACCCGUCUUCGCGGAUUUGUUGCGGCUUGUUGUCGUAGAAUGUGCACCGGUUCUUGAGCUUUUUAAAUCAUGGUAUUUGACACCUGUCUCCUUCUGUAUUGCCCGUCUUCCGAAUCCUUUGACGCCUCCCCAUUUACAAGUUUGUUGGCUCUUCUCUACUCCACACCAUCUGCUGUUUAAUAGAUCUCCCUUCCUUGCCGCAGCCUCUCCGCUCUGUCCUCAUAAACACGCACCUCGAUGACUCUGGUAACGAGUCGACCGGCGACUACUAUGUCCUCGAGCAUGAUCCUAGACCCGUUGCCCUCGCCAUCUUCCGAAAAUGCUUCAGGCGGUCCUCGCUACAGACCGUUUGCCAGUGCUAACCAUCAUGUUACCAAAGGGCGAUACAUUACCAGCAAUGACCCCCGUGGAUAUAUUCCCGUGUACGAGUACCCUCUGAAUGGUCAGUGGAUAAUGCUCGACAUGGAUGACGGCUAUGUCCUUUGGACAGGCAUUUGGAAAGCUCUGGGGAACUCAAAGGGUAUGCCCAUGAUAAUUGACUGCAGUGACCGGUCAUUGACACUCACCGUAGCCGACAUAGUAAAAAUGAUCGAGUCUCAGCCUGAGCUCGCGCCUCGCCUGCGGCGAGUGAGGGGAGGAUACUUGAAAAUUCAAGGCACCUGGAUGCCGUAUGAAAUUGCUCUGAAGCUCGCUCGUCGGGUCGCUUGGCCAAUCCGCUAUGAGCUUAUUCCAUUGUUCGGCCCUACCUUUCCAGAUACGUGUCUCUCACCGGAUCAGCCAGGAUUUGGCCAAAUCGUCAAGCCUGGGACUGGAAAGCGGAGGCGUCGCCACAUUCAACCUGCAAACGUCGCAGACUUGCAACACGAUUGGAAUUUGACCCCUUCUUUGCAUGCUCGCCCCGCAACUGCGCCCUCGCGACAUCCUCCAUCCGCCUAUCACGCUCCCACCCAACAGCCCUAUUCGAAUUUCCAACCGCGCCGCUAUUCCCUCUCUGAUGAUACCCAAGACGACCCUACUGAAUCUUCCAUUGUGUUGCAACACCCAUAUGGGGACCAACCAAAUUCCCAUUGGAGACCGGGCACAGCGUCGACAUCUACCUCUUCUGACAAGUAUUCUAAUGUUUCCCCAUCCUUCAAUCAUUCCGCCCCUGGUCCUGGUAUGCGGUACUCUCCAUACCCCAACCCGCUACAGGCACGUCCAAGAGGGAACGGAAGCACCCACGCCCAGCCGUCCACUUCUCCCUCAAGCACUUCACCCUCCGAUUACUCGUCCUCUUUCUUCCACCCGUUCAUGGAACCCGAAAAGAUCGUAUUACCGCCAAUCGUUCCACCCAAGGACCGCGAAUCGCUCACGCUCCCACCCAUAUCUACAUUGGAUGACCGAGCACGAGCUGGGAUCUGUGACGAUUCUAGUGCGGUGUUGAAGCGUCUACGAUCCAUUAGAGAUGACAUUCCUCCAUCCGCUCUCGGAACCGGGGUCGGGGUCGGAACUUCUGGGAACUCUAUGGACAAUUCAUCAUCAUUGUCAGCAACCACAUCUAGUGGUGUUGUCAAUGCUAGACGGUUAUCUGCUCCGACAAUGUCGCAGACUUCGAGGUGGGAUGGGUCGCAGUCUACAUCAGGAUCCAGCGUUAUGCUUCCAUCACAUAGUUUAUCGUCAAGCGCGCCGUCAGGUUCAGCAAAUGCUUCAGCGUCCCCAACGUCAUCCUACUCAUCGCCAUACUCGCGCCCUGCCCACACUUCCUCCACAUCCCCCGUUCGAAGCCACCAGUCUGUCAGUUCACCCGUUGAUGACGUACGGUUCUCAAGACAGUAUGAGGAGAACCAUGAACCAACGGACGUGUAUCAUUCACGGGUGGAUCAUCAUCGUCUGCAGAGCGGUGAACCUUCACGAUAUGACGGAAAUGAGCGUCUCCCCAAUCCCACGAGACAAUCGUGGCGUCCUUGGUAAAAACUCAAAGACUCUUUCGAUACCAUCUGACAGCCGCUUUCCCUCCAUCCUUUAUCUGCGUGCUUUUGCAACCCUUUAAGCGGUAAGCGGGAGACGUGGUCGAUACGCUGUGGUUUCGUUUCGGUUUGAUCUCUGUAACUUAUACUCUUCUAACUGCUUAGUGUUUCGUUUUAGGUAGGAUACAAAGAACAGUGUACUCAUAGUAGUCUCAAUAUCUCAACAUCUCAUGUAGCUCUGUGCCAAGUUGACACGCCACUUGUCAAAGUAACAUCUGUAUCUGAACUUGAAACACACAUGAGUGAACUCCCACUGAUCGCGGUACCGAGCCGAGACUGAGUGA